GGCGCGGCCCGGCCCUCGGCCCGGCCCACGGCCGCCGCCAUGGCGGGCGGAGCGCGGCGCCUGUACCGCCGCCUCCUGCAGCUGCACCGCGCGCUGCCGCCCGCCCUGCGCGCCCUGGGCGACCGCUACGUCAAGGAGGAGUUCCGGAGGCACAAGGCGGCCGGGCCCGCCGAGUCCCAGCGCUUCCUGCGGGAAUGGGAGAACUAUGCAGCACUGAUCGAGCAACAAAUUAAUGAGGACAAACAAAACUUGAGAGAAAAGGCUGUAUAUGGAAUCCAGCUGACAGAAGAAAAACUUAAUGACUUCCGUGAUGAACAGAUUGGGCAGCUGAAGGAACUGAUGGACGAGGCUACCAAACCUAGUAAAAACACCAUUUCUAAAGACUCAGAAUACAAAACUUAAAAAACUGAAAAAAUUAUUUUAAUGCAUAUGGAAGUGUUUUGAAACUGCUUUUUCCAGUUGUGCAUAAAUGUGGUUUCUGUAAGAUAAUGGAUGCUGCUGAUGCUACAACUUGUCUGAAAUGGAUGUGUUUGGCUUUUUGUGCAAGAAUAAAUGGAAAAAUUGAAUAAUCACAA